UCAUGGUCUUGAGUGUAGUGCAGUGUGACAUUUCUCAACAUCCUAGUCCGAACACAUGCAUGUAUCCAUUGUAAAUAUGAUAUUUUAAGUAGGCUAUUAAUGUUUAGUACGCAACAAAAGCUAGGACCAUGAAUGCCUGCUGUGCCCUAUAUAAAGUACAUGAUAUAACAUUCAUGCCUCAACAAACAUAAGUAUUUGUAAACAAACACUGUUGUUUGUAUUACUAUUUAUAUAUACAAAGUAUGGACGUCUCUGAUGUCAGUUUUCCCACUUUGACAAUAAGUAAUUAAAAUAUGUUCCUGUCAGUCACAUUUUCUAUAAUAUGUUUCAGAAGGUUUAGUAUCAAUGAAAAAGAGAUUGACUUGUGGAAUUCAACAAAACCUUUUCAAUAGUCAUAAGAAAGCUCUACCUCCAAACUGACUAAUCGUCAUUUACUCUUUGUGUGACAAGUGCCAGCCAGAUACAUUUGAAUCGUUGUAGGAGUUAGACCUAUCACUCGAGAAAUUGGAGACCUAAUUACAAUACUGUUUUCUGAACUCACUCACCUUGUUAAAGUUAUAAAGAACCAUAUUUACCAAUACUUGCUUUAUCAUCAUAAAUAAAUCAGUUUAAAGAGUUAACACUACUGGAUCACGUGCCCGCACGCUAAACACGUCACACGUUAUUCAGCGAGACCACAGACACAACGAACUGCAGCAAUGGGUGUCGGGACGUUUCACUGGCUGUCACACCGACGUUGUUCCACGUCAAAGUUGCUGUUGCUCGCCUUCCUCGUCUACAUGUCUCUGUGGACAUUCUCAUCGGUGGCUUGGUCUAGUUACGGAACAGGAGGUGACACAGAAGUUAUGUCACGUGAUUUAAGUCGUGGCUACUUCGCCGACCAGUCAGGACUUGAUGAUCCUGGAGGAAGAAAUGCUGGCUUGCUUGGAAGUGCGUUGUUACUGAAGAGAUCAGGGUAUCACAGAACAAAUGGUCCGAACUCAGAUCGUGUGAUUUUAAGAAAUGUAGUUGGGCCUGAAACACGUUUGGAAGACGAUAUGAGGACCUCAGAUGAUGUCGUAGAAGAAAAAUACCAUAAACAUUCACGUUUAUUCAAACCUUCUAAGCGAAACACCUCACAAAUUGGAAUUUCAAAGGGUGCAACCCUUGCUUCGUCAGGUGUGAACCAACGCAGUUCUGACUUCGAAAAUAUCAGGAAAUAUUUCAUUGUCCGUAAAAACAUGACGAACUCUUUUAUAAAUCUUCAUCGAUACCAUUUCCCUUUGAAACCAAACAAGUGUUCAAGCAAAGCAGACUUUAAAAUAAUAAUUCUUGUGCAUUCAGCCGUCAGCCAUUUUCACAAGCGGCAGACUAUCAGACGUUAUCUUGGCGUCAAAAGGACUCGCAGUGGUAUUCUGUUCGAUUUCGUGUUUUUACUGGGUCAAACUUUAAACACAAGUCUUCAUCGAAAAUUGACAGCGGAAUCGAAAACAUAUUCAGACAUCGUUCAGGGAAAUUUUACAGAUUCUUAUCAGAAUAUGACAUACAAACAUAUGAUGGGAUACCACUGGGUUGUACAUUAUUGUAGCCAUGUGAACUACGUCAUCAAAAUUGAUGAUGACGUAAUAGUUAAUGUUGAAAACGUAGUGAAGUAUAUUUCGACCAAGAAAAUCAAGAAGGGACAAAUAGUGUGCAGUGCCCAUUUAAAAAGUAAGAUUAAAACAUUUGGAAAGUGGCUUCCAAGGAAAAAACAAUUUCCUUUUGAUCACUAUCCGCCGUAUUGUUCUGGAUUUGCGUACUUGGCACCGGUGUCGGUUAUAAAGCGCCUUUAUGAGGCGUCGUCCUCAGUACGCAUGUACUGGAUUGAUGACGUGUACGUGACGGGCUUGCUGACGCUCGCCACUGACACAACUGUCGUUGCACUUUCAAAUAUGGAGGCAUAUAAGCAUAUAGUGAAAUCUCCAAUACCAAAGUUUAUAAUGAAGAAAGCACUGUUCAUAUUCAAUGACCCAGGUUAUACAUAUGGUCGCUCUUCUUAAUUGAAAACACGUCAAUGUGAAAUAAAUCUAAUCCAAGCCUUUUAUUGAUAUGACCUAUAUCAACACGAUCGACGAUUUAUAAAGUCCGUUGACGUCACACUUGUCUACAAAGCAUUGUCAUUUACUCUCAUUGUAACUACCUCCUAGAGGAUAUCACUUUUCCACAAGGAAGCCGGUUUGAUGCUGUGAUACUAAAUGUAUGUCCAGAUAUCUUUUGACUGAUAGUGAGUGAGUGAGUUUAGGUUUACGCCGCACUCAGCAAUAUUCCAGCUAUA